ACAAAAAACAGAUGUUACAUGAAUAUUAUAUAAUCCAAACACAACGCUCUCACUCGAUAACACUUUAAACCAAUGUCACAUUUACUUACGCAACAAUAAAAUCACAAUCAAUACAUAAAACAAAUACUGAAUACUACCUAUUUCGUAUUACAAAACGAACGUUCGUGACUUAGCUCUCAUUUUUAAACUAGUGACGUUUUCGUUCACCAUUCACGUAAAACAGUUAACAAAUCGUCUUUAAGAUUUAAAUUCUAGUAGUGUUCUGUCUUCCAAAGAGACAACAUCGACAAAAAAAAAUAAGCGUAAAAUUUUUGUGUGACCAAUAAUAACCUCACUUGAAUUUAUGAGGUCAUACUGUAUACAGUGUCCUACAUCAUUGGCAGUAAAAGAGUUGAAUCAUAUGAUAACGUUCACUGUGUAGUGUAAUGUCUCCAAAUAUACAAAUUAAAAUGAAAUUUCCUGUAUUGUGUGUUUUUUUAAUAUAUUUUGGUUUUACCAGAGCGGUUUUGGAGAAGUAUGGACCUCUCAGCUUCGCUUUAAAGAUGGUUAAAUGUGAACACAGCAGGGACCUAAACCUCGAUGUCAGCGGCAUUGACGUAUACUUCUACGACUUUCAAAAUGACAUCGCUGAGUCCUUUCCUAUCAACGAAGCUGCCCAAAGAAUCCUCGACUUGAAGGACCUGGACAAAGUGAAGAAGUUCUUCAUGUUCGUCGGUGGUUUCAAAUCACACAUCAACAAGAAUACAGAAGAACGAGUGAGAAACGCCUUCAGAGAAUUCCCCAACAGCUACCUGAUCAUCAUCGACCACUCAGCCUACACCAACGACAGACAGGGCAAAAAGAAGAGCUACGAACGUUCAGUGAAAUACGUCUACUACAUUGGUAGACAGUUGGCCCAAAUGUUGGUAGGUCUCCACGAAGGAGGAAUUUCGCCCAAAACUAUUCACUGCAUUGGCCAUAGCUUGGGCAGCCAAAUGUUGGCCCAUGUUGGUGAGAUAUUCUUUGAAGCUACAGGUGAGAAGAUUGCACGGAUAACUGCUUUGGACCCAGCUGGCCCUUGUUUCUCGAACAGUUUGAUUCAGGAGCAGAUCAGGGCAGGUGUAGCAGACUAUGUUGAAGUAUAUCAUUGCAAUGCUGGUGGGUUAGGCACGACCAGUGUGCUAGGCGACGUAGAUUUCUUCGUGAAUAAAGGAGGAUCUCAACCAAAUUGUGGAACUGCUUUAAUUCCUGGUAUCAUAGACUCCUCAAUUUCUGCUAAAUGUAAUCAUAAGACUUGUGUCACGAUGUGGACAGCUUCUGUAACAAAUCCUGAAGGAUAUAAAGCGUACAAAUGUGAUAAAUAUAAGCAUUUUAAAGGUGGCAUGUGUUCGUUGAAUGAUAGAGCUAUUGCUGGGUUCUGGAACCCUGGUAACGCGACCGGUGUAUAUUAUUUUUCUACUGAAGGUUAUGAUUUAAGUUAGUAUAAUAAAGUUAUGAAACUAUCACAAAGUUUGAAUAACAGAAAGUUGCAUAAACAUGCAAAUAAAUUAACCUUUCGCAUUUAGUAAUAGACCAAGAAGGUCGCCCGUCGUCUGGUGCCGCUUGAACAUCCCAUAUAUUUAUAUAUUUAUGUCGGAGUACAUAUCCCGUCUAAAUAUUUCUUUUGUAUGACGUCCACCAAAAAGUUGUCUGGUAGAAAUCACUAUCAAUGUUGAGAUCGCCUUUGUGCCUAAGAUUUUAAUUAUUAUUUCGUAAUUUUGUAUUAUUUUUUAUUCUCCACAAUAAAGUUUUAUCUAUCUAUCUAUUAAAUAUAUAUAAUUAUAUAAGAAUACAUAUUAUUAUUUUCUUUGAUAUCGUUUCCAAAGACUGAAUAUAAAGUCUCAUAGUCAAGCUUGGAUUGUAAAGUGAAAAACAUAGACGCUAGGAUUAUUAUUAAUUGAAAGAUAAUACUAAAAAACAAUACUUACAAACAAAAGUUCAAGUUCUGCAGAAACAUAAAACAGCAACGUCACGCUUUUUGUCAUCGAAGGGGUAGGCAGAAGUGCCGCUAUACAACACCCACUUUACACCAUUUAUAAAACAUAAUUAAAAGUAAGAUAAUGUUAAGUAACUUAAUGUUGGUUAUGAUCGAGAUGUAAUAAUAUUAUUUCUGUAUACUGAUGGCUUAGUACGAGUGUAUUUUACGUUUAAAAAGACGGUAUCGCGUUUAGCUCUGUAAUUGAUUGGUUCAUUGGAGCAAGCCAAUCAGAGCGCCGAACACGGUAACGUUUCCAUUACGUUAAACGUAAAACAAAUUCAUUCUAAGGGUUUCACACGAGUCUUGAAGCACGUCCACCAUACACUAUUAUUGAGAAAUAAUGGGCAGGAAAAUGAAAAUUGUACCAACUACAACUGUAGAUUAUGUACCAAAUAAGUAACAAUUACCUACAACACCUUAAUAAGUAUAUCGGACAAUGUUCUUUGCCUAAUUAAAAAUAAAUUGUCAACAAAUUCGAACAAAUUUCCCCUUGUGGUUCACAAGGGGAAAUUUGUUCACAGUAAUUGUUUUUGAAUUAUACAAUUAAAAUGAAAUAUUAUGAGUAUGCAUUCCAUAUAUGUAUAUUAUAAUACAUGCCUUACCAAACAUGUUACAUAUUUAUUUGUUAAUUACUAUGUUUAUUUUUGGUCACAGGGAAAAUAAAUUAAAUUUUUGUAUUUAAUGUGAAAUGUUUUGAAAUAUGCAAACCGCAUUGAGCAAGCGUGGUGAUUAAUGCUGAAACCUUUUUCAGGUGAGAAGAGGACUUUGGUCAGCAGUGGCCAACUUAUAGGCUGUUGAUGUGUGUUCUGAUAUAUGUGUAAAAGUCAUUGUGAUCCUUAAAAAUUUCAACGUGUUUCCCAACAAAAAUCCCUUCAUCGUCCUUGAAAUUAACCACAACAAUUGCAUACCACAGACUCAUACCUAUUGGAAAUCGAUCCCCAUUAUGUAUCAUUUAUUUUUAUGUUUUAAUAUGUUAGGAUUAAAGUGUUAAUUUUUCGUUCCUUUACUAAGUUGUCAUAACUUUCGUGAGACAUACUAAAUUAAUUAUUAUGUUUUUUGAUUUCUCACGUAACUAUUUGAAGAGGAACUCGACUAGUUUUAAACCAUGCUAGACUCAUAUUCAUGAGCAACAUUGCACGACAUAAGUCGCGGCGACAGUCGCGUAAAUAAAGUAGAAACGCGACUGUCGCCAAAACAUAAUAAUUAAUUGUGUCGAAUAAUUAUUCCUUAAACUAAAUUGAUUACCCUUAGGGCGCUUUACUCAUGAAACCAAUCUCAAUGUCAAUGCAAUUUCAAUCUAAUAAAAUGCAACUCAAGAGUAAUUUCACAAUAUCAAUCUCGAUCGAUCACAAUUCGAUUCAAGAGGAAAGGUGCUUUUCCACCAUAGAUGUGCUAUGUAGCUAUGCUACGAAGAUGUGAUAGUUAAGCUGUGAAACUAUGGGACCGUUUCCACUAAUACUAAGCUAUGUAGCUGUGCUAAGAAGAUUCGCCGCCGCAAAGUAGUGUGCGAGGAAGAUGCGCAGCUAGAGUAUGCAAUGUAUCUAUUGGGGAAGGGAAGCCAUCCAUAGCACGCAUCCAUAACACGCAUCUUUCCAUAUAAAAAACAUAGCUUAGCUGAGUUUGUUUCCACCAGUGCUAAGCUAUGUGUACCAAUUAAUAUGAUUGGUGGAAGUAAAACGCAUCCAUACCAACAAAGCAUAGCAUAUCUCUGGUCUAAGCCACCUGAACAUCGAACAGAAAACCUUAUCGAUAGUUCAACUAAUGACCGCUUUAUAAAAGAAGCUGUAUAUACAAUAUCUAUUUAGGCUUACACGAUACAUUUAGAUUAGUUUUUUUUUUCUAAGUGGAGACGAUGUUUUUUAUAUCUGCUUUGUAGUGAAUAAGCUAAACUUACCUGUACGUAAAUAAUAAAUUACAUUGGUUACAUAAAGUUUA